AGCGCACUGUGUGAAAUGGGAGAGCACCGGGGGCCUUGACAGAGACUCGUGCCAUCGUGUCAUGACUGGAAUAUGUAUGCUGCUGUCUCAAUUAAUGACCAAGUGCGCGGGUGGGAACAGAAACAGAGACGCGACUGUUGAGUGGGGCAGGACUCUGGGAAAAAUGGUGGGAGUUCCAGAAUUUUAAGUCUCUAAGGAAAGCGGGACAGAAGCCUGCGCGGAAACAGUAAACACAGAGAAUGAAGAAAGUAGAAGAGAACCGGGGCACGAAGGUUUGAAGUUAACACGUGUGACGCUUUCUCUGGAGUCGAGGCUGAUGAGAGUUGACAACCGCGCAGACGAUCAACGGCGAUCAGGUCGUACGGACUGUGUUACACCAGCGCAGUCCAGCAGAGGUAUGGAUGGCGAUGCUUAUCAGAGCGCCCAACACAGCCGGCUGCCCGACAGACGGAGGUCCUAUAAAAGUAAGGCUCCCCCUCCCCCGCCGGCGCCGCAUGGUCCGGCCUCGUCUACAAGCAUCCCAAAGCCUCCACGCACCGCUAUGGAGCCCAAGGAGAGCCUGCUGGAGCAGGAGCUGCUUCUGACGGUGGUGCUGCCCGAGGGGGUGGAGAAGACCACGCAGGUGCAUGGCAGUAAGCCCAUGAUGGACCUGCUGGUCAUGCUGUGUGCGAAGUACCAUCUGAACCCAUCGAGCCACACCAUGGAGCUGGUGUCUGCCAACAGAAACCACAUUAAGUUCAAGCCCAAUGCCCUCAUCGGAGCUCUGGAAGCUGAGAAGGUCGUGCUGAAGCCCAAAGGCAUGGAGGACAAGAACCGGAAGACUGGCCCGCAGAUGCCCGAGGCUACGGUGCGCCUGGUAAUAAACUAUAAGAAGACCCAAAAGACAAUUUUGCGGGUGAACCCUCGCGUGGCCCUGCGCGAGCUGCUGCCGGCCAUCUGCGAGAAAUGCGAGUUCGAGACGCAGAGCACCGUGCUGGUGCGCAAUGUACGUGCCGAGGAGCCGCUGGACCUGGACAACUCCCUCAACGACCUUGGACUCCGGGAGGUGUACGCCAGAGACAUGAGGGUUAUCAGUCCAGCAGGCCUGCCGUCAUCACCAACACGCUCAGAUAUAAUUCAACUUGGCAAGGACAAACUUCAGAAAGAAAAAGAAAACAAAGGACUGUUUAGCCUGUUUAAAAGAGGAAGUAAGAAGAAACCCGAUCAGGCUUUGACAGUGAGCGCACCGGCUUCUCCGAUCCAGAGGAAGUCGAGACCGUCCAGCAUGAGUUCCCUGAGCGUGCACUCUCCCACGUACGACUCCAACAGCAUGCUGAAGAAGAAGCGUGCUCCCCAACCCCCUCGCACGACGCUGCAGUGCGGGUCCACUGACCACAGACAUCGCUACAGCAGCACCCAACUAGCAGCUCAGCCUGAUGGCACCCAGGUCCAAGCGCAUCUGUGUCGCGCCGCUUCAGCCGAUUCCUCCUUGAAGAGGAGCAAGAGGAAGGCUCCGCCGCCCCCCACCAGCCCCAUCAGCCCCACCAUCACCCCCACCAUCACCCACAGCUGCCCUGCUGCAGCAGCCGAAGAAGUGCUGCACGACAAGGCUGGGACGGGCUUGCAGCAAACUCUGGAGGAGAUCCAGGAGAAAGAGGAGGCACCCGUAGCCACUGAGACACCCGAGGUGCCAAUGAGCUCCAGCCCUGCUCCUGAGAGUCCCAGCCCCAAUCAGGAGCUUCUGGAGGACAACAGCAGCAUCAACCUGUCCGCUGACGUCUCCCUUGGCUCUGGCAGAGUGGGGACCACCUCCCCCUCUGAGGACUUGGACAUGGGGACCGUGGCGGUGCCUGUGGGAAGCUCGGAAGAUCUGACCACAGAUGGCAAACUAGCUGCAGACUCACAGGUGAAUGGGGAUGAACCAAAGGCUCACACGCCAUGGCAGCCAGCAGAUGAUGCUGGUAUCGAGGAGCUGCUUGAAACAGCCUCCGCGACUGCAGAAAAGUCUACAGAUCUGAGGGCCGCGAGGUGCGGCCAAGCAGAGGUCCCUCGGGACAUUGCAGCCCCUGAUCCUGCCUCUUUGCAUGCCCUCACACACCCUCAAGCAGCAGAGCCUCAGGCACCCCCCAGGUCCAGCCCUGCUGGAGCAGCCUCAGGCGCCGAACCCACUGCGUCUGACGAGGGGCGCACGCACACAGAGAUCCAGACGGAGGAGUGGGGCGAGCCGGCUGAGAUUUUCCCCAGCCCGCCGCCAGAGCUUCUGCCUGUGGGUUCGAAGAGGGACAUGGCCACGUCUACGGAGGAGCUCUUCAAUGCCACGGCUCGCCCGGCCUUGGCUGAGCCUGUCUCAGCUCACAGCCCUCAGAGCCCCCCGUCCGGGCACCCUCAGGCCCCUACCGGCCAGCCAUUAGUGCACGCCCACGCCCCUGAGAGCUGCCCACCUGUGCACGCUCAGGCCCCCACCAGCCAUCCGUCCAUGGGUCCCCCGGCCCCUGAAAGCCAGUCGUCUUCGCUGCUCCCAUCCGCCACCAAAGCGGGCCACCUGCACUACAUUACUGACUCCGAGCCCAGGCCCAAGCCGUCCAACGAGCUCACCCGGGAAUACAUCCCCAAAGUGGGCAUGACCACCUACACCAUCGUGCCUCAGAGGUCCCUGGACAAGCUGCGCGUUUUCGAGGUGGAGCUCACACUGGAGUCGGCCCUUGCUCCUGAGGCUCGUCACGCCGCCGCUGAGGGUGAAGCGUCCAAGACUCCUGCCUCCUCGCCUCCUCAGCCCAGCAACGGCCGUGCCUCGCCAGGGCCACUGGGCGAGCUCUCACGCUCGGCUCCCCGCUCGCCGAUGUCUCCCAUGGAAUCGGACAAUUCAGGCUCUAAGAUCAAAGAGAAGAAAGUUCCACCUGCCACGAGGCCCAAACCAGCCUCUUUCCGUGUGCCGCAGCACAAAAGAACACCUGGGAGUUACGUGAACUCCGCGGCGGUGCGCAGCCUGAGCGUGAGUGAUGGCUGCAGCGGUGGAGCUGCGGGAGGGGGCCACAUCGAGUCCCCCGACGGCCCGCAGAGAGGGAGUUAUGCCGGGGAAACGCACGAGUGCUUUCCCCCUCCACCGCCAGCCGUCCAGUGGGGGGAGGAGGAAAAGGAGCCCGAGGGGCCACAGCAAGCAGCUCUUCCGCCACCUCCGCCGCCUCAGCUGGAACAGGAGGAGUCGGAGACACCCACGCCGCUUCUCUCCCCGAAAGAGGCCGCAGCACCCGGGCAGCGGGUGCGCUCCCAGCUGCCCCGCCAGCUGAGCCUGCCCCUUAGGGAGCAGCCGCCCGCUGGCCUCUCACUGGACAAGCUCCGGAGCUUCACAGCACCCAAGCCAUACUUGCCGGUCAUGUCCUCCCGCUUCGCCCAGGCCGUCUCCUCCGCCGUCCGGAGGUCCCACUCGCUUCCCUACAGCUCUGUGGGGCAGGCCGCCCACAAGGUGCCUUUGGUACUUCACAGACACGGACCGAUCAGAGGGUCGAGCGGGUUGCCGGAAUCACCCACCGGUCCCGAUGUGAACAGUGGAUCCCGGCAGAUGGAGAGUGAUGGAAAGGCCUGGCCUCCGAUGGCACGCUACGGUGACCUGGAGCCGAGCGUUCCUCCCAACACACCCAGCGGGACGCAAAAGAACGGAACGGCCGAACUGGCACCAGAAUGUGUGGCGUCUCCUGUGACAUGUCCCACGCAGGAAAGUUUGCCAGAGGCAACAAAGUGUCAGGACGAGUAAAGCAGUUCUUUUGGUUUAGCUCUGCUCCCACAACGCCUUAGUGAGCCGGCUCAGGUUCAGAUAACCUCAGGUGCCACCGGCCAACCCACCCGAUUCCCCUUCCCUGGUCAAACAGAGGAGGCUGCAGUUCAACACCUCCUGGACCAGACCUGGACGGUUACUGUGCUGGAGGGCCACUGCACUGCACUUGAACAUCUCCCUGUUCUGGGGCUUGAAAUUAGCUUAGUUGAAACAAGCACAGAAAAAGAAGAAAGACUAAAGUCUGCAGUACUGUGGCCCUUUAGGAUCAAAAAUGCCACCUCUAUCUUUCCCUCUUGUCUGUCUAAGAUAUGUCUCAGGGUAAGACUGAAACUAGUCUAGGCUCAGUUCUUACCUUUUACAUCCUGAUGAUUAACACUCUCUGGACUGACUUUGGAUCAGCACUCUUACUCUGAGAUGUUUAAUGUAGCACAUAUGGCCCUGGCGUCACUGUGCUGAUACUUAGAAAACCUGGAGCAACUGAAGGAAGUAGAUCACUGGGAUUUAAACCUAGAGGUUCUAAAGCAGGGAACAUGCCUGGUUUGUAAGAGAUUCAGAGGUUUAUCACCAUCUCUUGCUUUUAUUUUAUUCUAUUUCAAAAUGAUUUUGAAAAUGUAUUAACUGUUAUUUUUAAUUAUGUAUAUGUUCAGUUUUAUGGAAGUUUUUGUUUUAUUUGUGAUUUUCCCCUUUAACUUAUUAGUUGUAGGGUGUAGAAAACUACCAGUGCAGAAAAGAUACUUAAAUAUGCCAAGCUGGUGUUGCUUUAUACCUGAGUGCAUGUACACUGAACACGUACCGGGAGUGCUGGUAAACAUUACUAGUACAAAAAUCAGAAUUAAUCAGAAAGAAUUAAGCAGUAUGUAAUGAGGUGUACCUACACAAACAUUAAAAUGCAUUUCACAUGGGUGUUGUGUUUAACAAACAGGUAUAAGGGGUACCAAAAAUGUCUUUUCAACAAAGCUGAGCUCAAGAAGAAACACACUGGUCUGCUCAUGCUUGUUUUAAAAUACUGCUGUAAUAUCGGAAAUUACUAUCUCCAAUGAGUACAUUAAAGUAUAACUCACGAGUCAUGCAGGUGUUUAUUACUGCAUUUCUCUAUAAUUCGGGAGAUCCGUGAGACAGUUGAGGUGAUCCGUUUACGUUUACAGAACGACUCAGUUACGGUCACGUUGAUAUGUUGACCAGUGCAACUCAGUGUCUGAAUUACAGAAAUCUAACAAUAAAACGGAUAAAAACACAA